AUGCCCCGCAAGUCCAAAUCGCCCAAGAAGACGGAGACGUCCCUGACCUCGCUCAAGGUCGAGGACACGGUCGCCCCCCAGGUUCACCUCCGGCGAUCGAACCGUCGCUGGUCCAAGACGAUGCCCCCGGAGGGCGCGUCGGACUCCAACCCGGGCAAUGCGCUGGGCUUCAGGCCACCAGCGGACGAGGACCUGAACAGCGAGGAGAUUCGGGAGUAUAAGGACACCAUGAAGGAAGACAUGAGGCUUGCCAUCGAGGGCCUCGCCCGGAUGGAGCGACGGUUAAGGAGUGCCACCAAGUGCCAGAAGCUGCAGAUCGAGCAGGAGGCCCGCUCCUCGGGAACGCGCAAGUCCGUCCUCGAGGUCAUGGAUCAGACAGCCGACGCCGACGACGACGCCUCGGUCAUUCAAAAUGCGAGCAUAAAGCUCACGAAACCCACAAAAGGGCCGGGAACGGAAGUUGAAAAGGGAGGCCAACAACUUCCCACCCCUGACGAAGAGGAAGACAGAAAGGACGACUACGCCAGAGACAUCUCCAAGGGCGCCAGCCUGGACCCGGAGAGCCGGAGGAUAGACGCCCCGGAAGAAGCACCCGACGUGCCCGAGCGCGGCGCCGCCAGGACGCCGCCCGUCAACAGUCCCUACCUGCCGUUACCUUGGAAGGGACGGCUGGGUUAUGCGUGCUUAAACACGUAUUUGCGCUCGGCCAAGACGCCCAUCUUCUGCUCCCGGACGUGUCGGAUGGCGUCCAUCAUCGACCACCGGUACCCGCUCUUCGACGAGUCUCAGCCCGAACACCCGGUCAAAAAUCGACCCGACAAGUCCAAGGAACCGUCCAUUGAGCGGGGCCAGAAGUUUCUCCAGACGUUGGGUUUGGCUAAUGCCCGCGACAUUGUCCGCAUGUUACGAUGGAACGACAAGUACGGCAUCAAAUUCAUGCGCCUCAGCUCCGAGAUGUUCCCCUUUGCCAGUCACCCCGAGCACGGGUACAGGCUGGCUCCCUUUGCUUCCGAGGUGCUUGCCGAGGCCGGAAGAGUGGCCGCUGAGCUAGGCCACCGUCUGACUGUACAUCCGGGCCAAUUCACACAGAUCGGAUCCCCACGUAAAGAGGUGGUCGACGCAGCUAUCCGCGACCUGGAAUAUCACGACGAAAUGUUGUCGCUCCUCCAACUUCCGGAGCAGCAGGACCGCGACGCCGUCAUGAUCCUGCACAUGGGUGGUGUGUACGGAGAUAAGGCGGCAACUCUUGACAGGUUCCGCCAAAAUUACGCCAAGCUUUCGCCGUCGAUCAAGGCCCGCCUCGUGUUGGAGAACGAUGACGUCGGCUGGACCGUACAUGAUCUGCUCCCGAUUUGCGAGGAGCUCAACAUUCCCCUAGUGCUCGAUUACCAUCACCACAACAUACUAUUUGACAGCACCAAGUGCCGUGAAGGGACGCUCGACAUUAGUGAUCCUGAGCUCCAGGCACGCAUUACCGCUACUUGGACCCGGAAAGGCAUCAAGCAAAAGAUGCAUUACAGCGAACCCUGUCCCGGAGCCGUGACGCCCCGCGACAGGCGCAAGCAUAGUCCUCGCGUGGCGACUUUGCCGCCCUGCCCGCCCGAUAUGGACCUGAUGAUUGAGGCCAAGGACAAGGAGCAGGCCGUGUUUGAGCUCAUGCGCAAUUUCAAGCUGCCCAUGUUCGAGCGCAUCAACGACGUGAUUCCCCAUGAGCGCGAGGAUGAGUCCCGGCCCGACCCGCCCGUGUCCAGGAAGAAGCAGAAGACCGCGACCAACCUGAAAAGAAAACGCGCCCCGGAUGAAGAAACCAUUGAGAUGAAUGACAUUGGCGCCGGCGCGAGCGAUCAGGAGCAGGUGGUAAUAACCGGCAAGGAGAUUUCAGACGAGGAUUAUGCCAUGGGCGGACCCAACAACAGGGUGUACUGGCCGCCCGGGCAGGAAGAUUGGUUGAAGCCCAUGAAGAGGGGCGCCAAACCUAUGAGGACAAAUGAUUGGCAAGAUGAGUGUUAG